AUGGUUAGCCUACUACCAAGUUUCACUAGUCAUGGUGACACUACGGACAGAAAAUACAUUUCCCCGACGAUCAAGCUCAACGACUCGCCCGGGGGAGAGUUGCCGAAAUUCCAUCAGGAUUCGCCCAUGAGCGACGCCUCGCGAAAUCAGUUGGCAAGACGGUUUAUUCAGCCGGUGGUGGGCUUGGAGGUCAAAGAGGCAAACUACAAAAUCAACAUCCCUGAUUUUUCAAACUUGUCCCCGCUACAAUUGGGCGACAAGUUCAUCUCCAGCAUCAGCAAAAUUGAUUCGGGCAUACCACACGACAUUUUCUAUUCCGACACCUUGAGCAAAAAUGAGUCCAAUUUGAACAGCUACUACUUUGACUACGAAAACGGGUUGCGAGACUUUUCCAGGUUCGACAAGAUCCAGCAAGUGGAUUUACCUGACCGGUUUUUCGAAGACUACAACAAAACCGAGUGCGCUACACGAAUUGGACUAUUUCCUGAGAUUGCCCGGGGCUGGAUCUCUGUCGACGAUAAGUUGACAUUGUGGAACUACAAGAUCCCUCAAUCUUCAUUCAACAAGUCGUCGCAGUUCUUCACCCUCGACCAGAUUGGCAGCACGAUUUUGGCGGUGAAGCUCGUGGCUCCCAAGGAAGGGGUCUUUUUGAAGGAAAUCAACCAUCUCUUGUUGGUUGCCACGACAGCAAGCAUAAAGAUCUUCCUCGUCAAGUACGACAAAUCCUUAAAUAAUUUGGAAGUUUUCAAUCUGGACUUGUCAGUUAGCACCCAGGGCUUGAUUGUCAACAAUAUCGUGGUCCAUCCAAAGACACGGGACAUAUACUUUAGUGGAGAAGGCGAUGGCAUCAACAUUUGGCGGUUGGACUACUCAAACAAAGCCAGUUUCACGAAAAACAAAUGCGACAAGGUCUGCUUGACGAAAGCUGGCUUGUCGAGCGUGAUUCCAAGCAAACUUCUGACAUUCGGCUUUGGUGUCGAGAAUAACUUGGCCAAAGUCCCCGAGAGCAUCGUGCAACUUGAAAUAGACGGCGCGAGAGAUAUACUAUACUCUUUAUCCAACAAGUCCGUCAUUCGAGUUUAUAAAUUGCUUUCACCAAGGCAAGAGCAUCUUUCGGAAGCAAGCGCGCUCACGCCAAGCCAGAUUUUCAAAUCGGCAUCUUCUGUCUUUGUUGACGCAAGUAACUUUAAGGUAUUUGAGAGAUUUAAAAUCAUCCAUUUGCAAGUGAUUUCGCCCGAGGAGUCAUCUUCGGUGCAAUUGAUUGCUGUCACGAGCAAUGGCUGCAGAAUCUUGCUCAAGUUGGGUUCCACUUCGACUUUUUCAUCACUACUUUCGUCAACUUUCUCAACAUCCCUUUCGGCUUCUGCUUCUGCAUCCGCCUCGGCGACCUCCCUCAAGCUCAAUUUGGUCAACAUUAAGUUCCCACCAUCGAGGGAGGUCCCCGAGAUAAACAAUGAACUCGACGCUUUCACAAAAGAUAGACAGUACAUCUCCCAGAUCAUUUCCAACCAGCAGAAAUCGCAAUUGCUCAAAAACACAAAACUCGCCAAGCUCAUCAGUCCCGGUGUGUUUAUUUGCGUUAAAAAGACCAAGCGUUCGGAUAAACUUUUCAUCUCGACUACAAACUUUGGCUAUCUCAAAAAGAACAACAAGCUCGUCGAGGAUGCCGAGUUUGUCAAGUACGUAUCAAGCGAAAGUACUCCGUACACCUAUAUCCAUGACAUUGUGCAGCUAACCCCAUCGAUGAACGCUACCAAUACGCCCAAUGGAUAUGCAAAUGUUGCUUCGAGUCAGUACACCAAGGAGCCCCUCAAAUUUGCCGUGAUCACCAACUUUGGUAUUAUGAUUUACCAGUUUAAAACUUCGGACCAAAUCUUGAGGUCGUUGAAAGACGAAGUGGUGGAAAACUUUAUCGAGGAGAAUGGCUAUGAAGAAACUUGUUCCACCUUGUUGUACUUGGCUUGCUCUUAUGGCCAAAACAGCGAGAGCGACUUGUUUGAAAAGAAAGCCCAGGUAUUGUUUUCCACGUGCGGCAACAACGCCCGGCUCACAGAGGCAACCUCCUCACUGUCGCAAGCGGCUGCUUUGAUACCUCAUCCUCAUCAAAAUCUUCUUCUACUUCAACAGCAGCAGCAGCACUUGGCACAUUUUGCUUCUCACCCAACAGUUGACCAAGUCGUGUUGAGCGAUCGGUUUUACGGCACUUGCCUACUCGUGGCGAGAUUCUUAAAGGACAUUUGGACGAAAAAAGUGUUUGCGCCGUUGCCAACGCUUAAAAUCACCCCUUCGGGCGAUGUAGAAGUGGCCAGCGUCAAAGAUGCAAAAGUGAUUAUACAAAAGUUGAACAUUGACGCCAAGCAAAUCGAGUAUUUCAUCGGUACUUUGGUGGUUUUGAUUGACUUUUUCGCUCAAAAUGGAACCUCCAUCCAGGGUCUCAAUGCUCCAAACUACAGUUCUGAUCCGUCGCAGUUUGAAAACGAGGUUUGCUUACGCGCAGAAAACCUCGCGUUCACUUCGAUUCUCAAGUCCUUGAACUCGAUGAAAGAAGCGUUUUCGUUCUUGACGGUUCUCCUUGAGGAGCUCCACCCCAACCACGCCAACUUUGACGAAAUCAUGGAGUUCCUCUCGUUGUCAAACCAAGCCAAUUUGUUGACUCUUAGGUUCAAAGAUUUGCUUUUGCCGGGAACCGAAGUCAAGUUGUUGAUUAAAGAGUUGUUGUCGUCGAUUAUAAACAAAAACAUUGUCAAAGGCGGCUCUAUCGAUCUGGUGGCCACCUCUUUGCAAACAAGAUGCGGUUCUUUCUGCUCAACCAAUGACGUUUUCAUCUUUAAAGCAACGGAGAAUUUGACCAAAGCCAAGAAGAUCGGAACUCGCGACGUUGAUCUUCGAUUAAAAUAUUUGAGGAAUGCAGUUCUUUUGCUCGAGGAGGCUUUCGAAACGCUCACCAUGGAGACGAUAAAGAACGCUGUUGACGCAAUGGUUGACCUUGAGUAUUAUUCGGGAACAGUCAAUAUGUUGCUCAACAUUGCGCAGAAAUUGGACAAUAGUUUCAGAUCCCAAAAUACCCAGGUCAACCAGUUCGAUGGUUCCGUGAUAUUAAAAAACUCUGGCAAAGACUUGCUGAAAAAAGUCAAGAGCUUGUAUGAUGUGGUUUUCAAGGUGUUGAAGAAAAUCGAUUUGAAAGCCUUGAAAAUAACCGAAACAAACAACCAGCUUUUAAUCAAUGAGUCCUUGGAAAUCAGGGACUUGGCGUAUGAGACGUGUUUUGCGUCCAAAAACAGAGACUUUCAGUAUGCCUUUUACGACUGGUUCAUUGAACAAGGGAUCAGUGACAGGUUGCUAGAGGUCAACACCCCUUUCAUUCUUCCCUAUUUGGAGCAAAAAUCCGAGGAGAAUAUAGCGCUCAGCAACAUUCUUUGGCUUUAUCAUGCUCGAAGAGAGAAUUUUUUCGAGGCAGCAAAGAUACUAUACGCCUUGUCCAUCUCCCAAUUCAACUUGGAUUUGAAUCAACGAAUCGAGUACUUGUCAAGAGCAAACGGAUUUUGCAAUUGCGUGUGCCCGCCCAACAUUCGCCAAAAGAUGAUCCAACUCUCAUCAACAAUUCAAGAGCUAUUCGAAGUGGCGGAUAUACAGCUAACCAUUCUCAACCGAAUCCAAAAGGACUCGAGGAUCAACACAGAGAAUCAGAAGAAUGCCGUUGAGGCAUUGAAUUUCAAGAUUUUGCCCAUUAGUGACUUGUUCAAUAACUACGUCGACCCCUUGGGCUAUUACGAUAUCUCAUUGUUGAUCUUUAAAGCUUCAGACUACAAGAAUGGCGAUGACAUUUUGAAAAGAUGGACGUUGCUUAUUGAGAAACUUGUGCAGGAGGCAAAAUCUCAAAAAAGGCCGUUUUACGUGCUAGUGACUGACGAGUUUACAUUAUUGGGACCGAGAUUGUCGGGAAAUGACCUCGUCUUCCCCUUGGAAGAUUUGAUAAAGUUGGUAUCUCGAAGUAUUCAUCAAGCAGUUGAGCAAAACCAAGUCCUCGACAGUCCACCAGCGGGUUUUCUAGUGGAAUUAUUUGUAAAAGCCGGGGUCAGUUAUGAAAAGCUAUACUACUGCUUGAGAUCGAUGAUUGAAGAUGGCACUUUUGAAGUUUACCCAAACUUUAUCAAAGAUUUGAAGGAAAAAGAGAUGCCAUAUCUUUUGGAAAAAUGGACCCUGUCUGAUAAAAAGCUUAAAGAGGUGCUAGCUGCCGUACAAAUUGUGAAUUACGGUGAACCAUGA